AUGAGAGCGUUCGUCGUCGUUUGCCUUCUCUCCGCAGUUGCCCUUGGAAGUGCCCAAAAUCGGGACCUCCGCGCAGCCAAUGCACGUGCCGCGAGCGCUGCAAACACAAGGGGUGCGUUGACAGGGGGCCUGCGCGGCGGAGUCGAAUCUGUUGGUCCUAGUGGAGCUCCGGGCACCACCAUAACGCUUGGAGGCAGCGUCGGCGGCGGUCUUGGAGGCCAAGGAGCAGGUUUUCCUUCAGCCUGGACUGGACAUUACGCACCAACUCAUGGCUGGAAUCAAGGUUUUGGACCAGCUAGCGGCUAUGGAUACUACCCACAAAACUAUGGUUCAUACGGCUACAACCCUUACGGCUACGAUUCCUACGGCUACAACGGCUACAAUCCUUAUGGCUACAACUAUGGAAACAACGGUUACGGAAGCGGUUACGGCGGCGGUUACGGUUAUGGUGGCCACCAUUACAACCACAACAACCGCCACCUGUGA